AUGCUCUCUAAGACCAUCGCUGCCGCCAUCACUCUCGUCGGGCUUGCCGCCGCGGCUCCUCUUAGUUCCUAUGAUCCAUGCCCAACAAUUUGCCAGGACGGUGUCAAUGACUGUGGUGAAUCAUGGGGAGGCUGCUGGGAUAUCUGCAAACCCGAGAAGUCCCCCACGCCACCACCCUGCACAGCGACUUAUACGCCAACCAUCCCUACUAUCACUUCCGACCCCCCAAUCACCCUUCCAGUUAUUACACCUGAUCCAACUAUUAAUCUUUCAAUCAUCACCCCUGACCCAACCAUCACUCUUCCGAUUAUCACCGGAGAUGGGGAAUUCACCACGGCCGUUCCCACCCCACGGCUGGAAGAAUAA